CUAGCAGCCCCGGUCCGUGACAACAGGAAACCUUGGUAUAAAGAGCCGCGUCUGAGGGGGAACCCUCCUAAGUGUCUCUCAGCCGCAGCAUGACCAGGACCGAGAGCCUGAGAGUGUGGACUUAACAAGACAAUGUCCAGCCUAAUCAUCGAACCACCCAACACACAACAGUUCAUCAUGGACAGAGAUGACAGGUCGAGGAACAAGAACAUCGGAAAGAACUUCAUGUGCCGACUCCAGUGCAUGUUCUCACACUCGUCAAGCUCUGAGAGCAGGCUAAGUUUAGAAGAUACCCAACAAUGGUCACAGUCACUGGAAAGGCUUCUCGACUCUAAAUAUGGGUUGGCCACUUUUCGCAACUUUCUGAAAUCUGAAUACAGCGAUGAGAAUAUUGAAUUCUGGCUAACCUGUGAGGACUACAAGAAGAUCAAGUCUUCAUUCAGAAUGUCCUCAAGAGCAAAGAAGAUUUAUGAGCAGUUUAUCAAAGCAGAAUCUCCUAAAGAGAUCAACAUUGACUAUCACACCCGAGAGCAGAUCAAAAGGAACAUCAAGACUCCCACCAUGCACUGCUUUGACGACGCUCAGAAGAUAGUUUACGGGCUGAUGGAAAGAGACUCGUACCCGCGGUUCCUCCGCUCAGACAUUUAUAGAACUCUUUUGGAAAACCUCGCAGCAGACGCCACCAAGGGAUGAAAGCUCAGUCAGCGGGAGAGAGAGAGAGAGAGAGAGAGAGAGAGAAAGAGAGAGAGAGAAAGAAAGAAAGAAAGAAAGGACAUAAAACCCAAAACUGGAAUGUUCGAGCUCCUUCCGGAGGAAGGGCCGACAACAAAGAAGGAAAGGAGGGUCUGCCGCGCGCCACAUGGACACCUACAGAGGCCUCUCACCUCUGCGUUGUUCAUUAGAUCCAGCCGCAAACCGUGCCUCAGUCCGGUCACAGGAGGAUCGAAACACUGAGCACCUGAGGACUGUGUAACAGGGAGAACCUUAAUGAUUAUGACCCUGUAGUGUGUGUUUGCACUGGAGGAUAAGUCUGUGUAUGCAGGCCAAUUGACCACUUUUGACAAUGAAUGAAUCAGCGAGGGGACUGACGCCUGCUCUGGCUGAGGUGCUGUGUCAGCAAACCAUUCCACCGGACCUCCUUUGGCCUUUUUUGCAGAGGUGCUUCCUGUGCAGAUUAAGAUAGAGGAUGUAAGAGGCAACGGUCACACUUGUUUAGUUAUGUGCUAGUGUGGUGUGUGUGUGUGUGUGUGUGUGUGUGUGUGUGUGUGUGUGUGUGUGUGUGUGUGUGUGUGUGUGUGUGUGUGUGUGUGUGUGUGUGUGUGUGUGAGAGGGUGAAAGGGAGUAUUUAGUUGAAGCUUUUAUUUGCCACUGACAGAGAGUAAGAUGUUGCAAAAAGAGUUGGCCUAUUAGCUAAUGACAGCACUAGGGACGACAACUAAUCCAUAGCAGAUAGAGGACUCAAUAGUGCUAUGUCAGAAGGCCACUUAGUUCUGCAAGAGGCAUUCUGGGACACUUGAAAGGGAGAUUUUUCUUCUUUUAAAUUUUUCUUUUUUUUUUAGAUUGGACCGAUAUGGGGUUUUAAAAAAUGAUACUGAUAUUUCUUUAGAUUUAAGCUGCCUGUUGGUGAUAUUUGUGUCAAUAUUGAAUAUUUGUAAUUUUCAAAUAAAUUAUAAAAAGAAGCUGGUGUUUUAAAAAAGAAUCCAGAAAAUAUGUAUUUAUUUUAUGAUUACAAAACAUAAUCAGGCACAUUUUCUUGUGUGGAACCUAAAGCAAAUUCUGCUCUACAGCAACUAAGAAGUUCCCUUUAUUACGGCCGGUGGCGACUGAUUCAAUUCCUCAGCACACGGCUGCUGGCCGUUAUCUUAGUCUAAACCAACUUGCACAAGUGUCAAGAGUUGUGAUUUCAUUUAAUAACCUAUUUGUGGAAUUAUUAUAGAGAUAGGAUGUUUCAUCUUGCAUGAUAGGAUGUUAAACCCUGAGAAUAUGCCUUAUUCUUGCUUUCCAAAUCAUGUUGUUUGAAUGUAUUCUUAAGGGUGAAAUGUUUAGUUAACUUAACAGUGUAUUAUUUAUUGUUAAUUAUCACCAUUUUAGUACAAAGUGUUUUGCAGUGUUGAAGUGAUUGUUAAAAUGUUUGUCAUUUGAACGACAUUAAAUUAUUUA